CUUAACCAGAGGGUGGCUUUCCAGGUGGUGACCACCUGUGCCACUCCUCUGUGUCACCUUGCACUGCAGGGAAGAUGAGCGCGGAGCACUCUGCCAACGGGACCUCUCCCACCCCGCCUCUCCUCGGGCUUCCCACCACGGAGCUGCUCCCACCCAGUGCUGCACCCCCUCAGGGGACAGACUGGCUGCCCAUCACCGUCGGGGUCACCUGCAUCUUCCUGCUCCUGGCCACCCUCCUCGUCUUUGUCACCCUCUGCAAGCCAGCGGCGCAGGGCUGGUCCCUCUCUGGUCGCCAGGAGCGCCUGCCCCACCUCCCUGUGGAUGCCAGUGAGCCCCAGCUGAGGCUCUGGAAGCGUCUGGGCUCCCUCAGGUGCUCCAGCAGCAGCUUCAGGAGGAGCCAGCUGGUGCCUCAGAGCCCUCUUGCCUCUCCCAGCCAGGACUGGCACAUCGUGGAGUCCACCAAAAUGUGACCUUGCCCUGCUGCUCCUUCCCAAGCUUUUGGCUCCCUUCUCAA